GAAGCCUGCCUCUCUCCAUCGCAGUAGGUGUCCGUCCCUUUACGCAGAGCGCAUUACGCAUCAGUGGACUACACUCGCGCGCUGAAAGUAUCCAGGGGACCCCGUAGCAUCGCAUUGGACCUACGGGCAUCCCGCGUUGUCUGGACACACUCUUGUUUUUGUUUUGGGUUUUUUUUUUCCCCCCCUUGGAUCUAUAGCACCGAGAAGCGCGCGCGCGCCUGUGCUCUACGAUGCAAGUCGGGCGCAAAUCGUGUUGGAGGCAAUUGCAGGCUUCUCUUUUCAGACUGCUGUGUCUCAUCCCCACAGGGUUCCCCGUGCGGAGCGUGGAUAUGCAGCGGGCCACCGACAACAUCACCAUCCGCCAGGGCGACACGGCGAUCAUACGGUGUUACGUGGACGACAAAGUGUCCAAGGUGGCCUGGCUCAACCGAUCCAACAUCAUCUUUGCCGGCCAGGACAAGUGGUCCCUGGACCCCAGGGUAGACCUGGUCACCAAGGGGCAGCUGGAGUACAGCCUGCGCAUUCAGAAGGUGGAUGUGUAUGACGAGGGGGCGUACAUCUGUUCCAUACAGACCAAGCAGCAGCCCAAGACCUCACAGGUCAACCUCAUCGUUCAGGUUCCAGCCAACAUCUACAAGGUGACAGAAGACCUCACGGUGAACGAGGGCGCCAACGUGACCCUCAGCUGCUUGGCCAGCGGCAGGCCGGACCCUGCCAUCAACUGGCGGCUGCUCAACCCCUCAGCAGAGCCGCUGGACGGGGAGGAGUACCUGGACAUCGUCGGCAUCGUGCGGAACCAGGCCGGUCGAUACGAGUGCAAGGCCAGCAACGACGUCGCCACGCCCGAUGUGAAAUAUGUCAACGUGGUGGUCAACUACCCUCCAACAAUAAAGAAAACCCAGAGCUCAGAGACCGCCGUGGGCCGCAUGGGGACGCUGCAGUGCGACGCCACCUCCGUGCCCACCCCGGAGUUUGAGUGGUACAGGGACGAGAAAAGGCUGUCCAGCGCCCAAGGCGUCAAUAUCCAGAUCAUCGGCACCAAUACCAUUCUCAUGGUGGCCAACGUCACCGAAGAGGAUUAUGGGAACUACACCUGCGUGGCCUCCAACCGACUCGGCGUCCAGAAUGCCAGCGUGUUCCUCUACAGACCCGGGACGGGCCGAGACAUCAACGGCUCCGCCCCCGCGUCUCAAUCACUGUGGCUCCUGCUGGUCUGCUUCGCCUGCCUUUUCUUCAAGUGUUAAUACCGCUGCCCUCCUCCUCCUCUUCUCCCCCCCACCCCAGGCCUUCUUUCCCCUUC